GGCCGGCUUGUUGUAAUAACUUUACGUGUUUGUAAAACACAGGAAAACUUCCCGUCAGGAUGUUUUCCCCGUAGGGGUUUUGCGGCCAAGCAAAUAGCUUAAAAGAGAUGUAAAAUGUUUUCGCGGGGCUGUAAUCCUGUGGAAGGCUGUCAUGCUGCCCGGCCGUGCGGCGACUUGGUAAUGGUUAGCCCGUCGGCACCGCGAAGCGCACAGCGCCGGAAGAGAGACGCAGCCCAGAGACCUUGACGGAGCUCCGUGAGGCGAUGAUGGGCGGGCUACGGGAGGAAGCACUAAUCAAGAGCGACGGUGCAACACUGCUCCGGGUGAAGAGUCUACCCGGACGGCCUGAGGGGACCGCGCUCUGCAGACGUCACCGACGGGCGCGACGCGGCGUAGGCGGACUUCCUGCCCAGAAGGCCGCGUGUGGCCCGCGAUGGCGCGGCCGGCGCCCUGCUGGCGCAGAGACCUGCUGACGGCGCUCACGGUCGCCGGCACCGCGGGCGGGGUUCUGCUCGGCCUGGCGCUGCGCCACUCCGCCGACCGGCCCUGGGGAGCGCGCGCCGUCAUGUACGUCGGCUUCCCCGGCGACGUGUUCCUGCAGAUGCUCAAGUCGCUCAUCCUGCCGCUCAUCGUGUCCUCCAUCGCGGCGGCCGUCGGCUCGCUGGACCUGCGGCUGUCGGGGCGCAUCGGCGCGCGCGCCGUCGCCUACUACUGCGCCACCACCGUGUCGGCCAUUCUGCUGGGAGUCGCGCUGUGCGCCGCCGUGCGCCCGGGAGCCGGGGGCCCGCCCGACAAGGCGGCCGCCGGGGGCGCGCGCAACGUCACCACCGUCGACACGCUGCUGGACCUCGUCAGGAAUAUGUUCCCUCCAAAUUUAGUACAAGCCUGUAUUUCACUGUAUCAAACCGAGCUGUCUCCGCCUAAAACAUUACCGGGGCAGGAUCCGCCGGCCAACUCGACGCUGCACGACUGGGACAUCGGCGGCGUGCACGUGCCGGGCACCAACACCCUCGGCCUGGUCGUCUUCGCCGUCGUGAUGGGCGUGGCCAUCGCGCGGAUGGGCGCCGAGGCCGCGCCGCUGCUCGCCUUCUUCCGCUCGCUCUCCGCCGCCAUGAUGGUCAUCACCGGAUGGGUCAUAUGGAUCUCGCCCUUCGGAGUGAUGUUCCUGAUCGCAGCGAAGGUGAUCAGCAUGGAGAGCCUGAGCGUCCUGGCCGGCCAGCUGGGCUGGUACUUCAUGACCGUCCUCGUGGGACUCCUCGUGCACGGCUUCGUGGUCCUGCCCUUGUUCUACACCAUCGUCACCAAGAAGCUGCCCUUCAGGUUCCUCCUCAACAUGGCUGAGGCGAUAACCACUGCGUUCGGUACCGCGUCCAGCAACGCCACGCUGCCGGUGUCCAUGCGGUGCCUGGAGGAGCGGAACGGCGUGGACCCGCGCGUGUCCAAGUUCGUGAUGCCCAUCGGCGCAACCAUCAACAUGGACGGCACGGCGCUGUACGAGGCGGUGGCGGCGCUGUUCAUCGCGCAGGCGCGCGGCCGCCAGCUCAGCGCGGGACAGUACCUCGCCGUCAGCGUGACGGCCACCAUGGCGAGCAUCGGCGCCGCGGGCAUACCGCAGGCGGGGCUCGUCACCAUGGUCAUGGUGCUGGACACGGUGGGGCUGCCGGCCGAGGACGUCACGCUCAUCAUAGCCGUGGACUGGCUGCUGGACCGGUUCCGCACGACCAUCAACGUGGUGGGGGACGCGCUGGGCGCCGGGAUCGUGGCCAGCCUGAGCGGCAAGGAGCUGGGCGUCGCCGACCCGGAGGGCUCAGCGGAGGCCGACGGCAAGGCAGCCGUCGUCGUCGGCGACGACUGAUGACCCCGGAGUCGCCUACCAGGGAUCCUCCCCCUCCACGAGUGGACCGGUGCGGCACCCGCCGUAAACCCGUGUCCAAGCUCAUUCGAACACCACCGAACUCUUGCAAAGAGUAGGGGGAGCGAGCGUUUCUUGAGACAUUUCUACGGCACGCACGAUAAUUAUGGUACACAAUGAAGGAAUUAUGGUACGCAGUCACAGAAAUUUACCGUACCGUGACUAUAUUAUGUGUGCGAGGGUGAAGAAAAAAAAGGCACACCCUUCUGGCCACCCACACCUCCUCACCUCUCUCCUUCCCCACCAGUCAAUUUGUUUGUCUCUUUUUCCAUGCGUGACGUCAUAUUCUAUUAACUGAAGUAACUGUGCAGUUCCGUCCGGUGAAACCUCGUGUAUUCGACCCUGAGCCCGGGGACCUCAGUUUCUUCCAGAUGAUCGUUAAAUCCCGCCAUUUUAAUGAUAAAUUUCGCAGUGGGCGCAUCGUAAAGGGAGAUCCUCAUUUUCACAUAAUCAAAUAAACAAGUCCCAUUCCAAUCACUAGGAUUUGGGGAUACUAACUAUACUUACAAUUUCAAAAAGGCUGCCACAUGUGGGUUGUAUUUAUGGAAAUGUUUAAAGUAGUUCAACCACAAUAUGAUCGUAAAGUGGUACCAAAAGUAUUAACAAACUUGCCUCAUACUUUCACAGAAAUAAUACAACAGAAGGAAUUAAUGGAGAAAUUGGACGUUAGUCUGAGCUGUAGCUACAAACAUCCAGUUUUUUUUCUUACUAUCACGAUUCAGGUAACUGACAGAUAAACUGAGCGUGUAUGGAGGCCCUUUUAUAUCCCGUUAAAUGGAACAUAUGUAACACAGGCUAUGUCAAAGUCGAACUUAGUGCAGUUCAUAAAAGGAACGACUGUCAAGUAGUCGAUUACAAAACGUUCAAAUCAACUGGGAUGCAUACGGGCAACCUUGGAAAGAAAACCUUAAAAUGGUAUAUACUUUACAUACUCGUUGUAUUAUAUGAAGCAAUGAAUGUAUGUUUACGUUUCCCAAUGGAUUACUUUUUGAUCCGGUCCAAUGGGUCCCACAGCCAGUACCAAUAUAUUUGAAAGCAUGUGCUAGGGGCUACAAAUCUUUUCGCUGUGUUAGCAGCCAUUCACAAAUUCAUAACAUGUUUGUUUUAUAACUAUAUUAUAAAUGAUUCCAUUCAAAAAUUAAAUUUAUAGAAAAAAAUAUUUUUUUUAUAAUACACUACGACUACUAACCUUUUUCAAACAUGGACUUAAAGGAAGUAAGAAAGCGAGGAAUACCAGAUAUAUAGAGCGGUGAUUUUUCUUGGAAAGGUUUAAAGACAAGUUGUGUGUUAAACACUGUAUCAUCUUCCUAUUUUCGUGACUGGUUGAGUUUCUUUCAGGUGCAUGCCCCCUGUUGGUACACAAAUCACAGUAAUUCUGUGCGGAAGCAAAUGCGUUCUAAGUGAGCUGGCCAAAUAAGGCAAUGGCUUCUCUUGCAAAUGGCCAGCAAUCAUAAGCAGAAAUUACUGACAUAGAAAUACUGUAUUGUAGUUUAGUAAUCCAACAAAUUGUUUUGCGAAAAAUCACCACCUCUAAUGAUUUAUAGAGAAAUAUUUUUCGCGAAAAAAAAUUACGAACACGUAUUGGACUGUAAUAGGUAGAGACAUGCAAAAUUCGCGGAUUCAUUUCGCGAUAGGCUAGCAACAAAACAACUAUACCUUCGUACCGCUUCUGCGAUUGGCCCACAUUUUAUCCCGGGAACAGUGAGCCAAUGGGAAACACUAAACGAAGAAAGUGCCGAAUUACGGACAGCCUAGUUGAGACGUCUCACGCGUCAGUAGCCAAUGAACAGGUGUCAUUUCCGCGAGUAUUUAAAGGACUGUGGAGUCUAUCCUAGAGGUCAAUGAAUCCGCGAAUUUUGCAGGUCUCUAGUAAUAGGUUGUGUCUGCGCCCGUGUUUAUUCCUUGUAAUUAUCUGUCAUCUAUAAGAGAAGCCUUUGCCUUAUUUGGCCUUGACAUUUACGAGGUUUUUUUUUUGUUUUUUUACAAAAUUUCUGUGUUUGGUGUGCCGACAGUAGACACAUACCUGAAAGAAACCUAACAGUUCACGAAUUACAGGUGAUGCUCAAGUGUUUUAAUACAUAAUUAGUUCAGAAAUAUUUUCUUAAAAAAUUAUAGGUCCUACUAAUAUAAAAAAGAAGCGAUAAAUCAAUCAACUAUGGUAGGGCAUUCAGCAGAAUUUCGAGUUCACUGUUCAUAAUAGACAGACAUGUAGAAUUUUUUUACUGAAAAUAAGAUUCCACUAAGACAGUGUUUAUACAUAUAUUAAUUUUUUAACGGUAACUGGCAUUCCUGCUCUUUCCAGCAAAAAUAAUAACCCCAUGGCAACUGAUGUCAGCAAUGUUUACAAAAAAAAUAUGUAGAUUUGUUGAUACAUAUUGAAGUUCACUUCUCUAAUUUUCGUCUUAUUAUGUUUUUUUUAUAAAACUAAUAUAAAGUCUUUUAAAUUUUAAAUAUAAUUUAUUAUUUUAAAAUAUACACAUUUAUGUUAUUAAUAACUGUACUCCCAUUAAAAAUAUAUAUACUCUUUAUUAAAAAAAAUUGUUUUAUCAAUUUUGUAAAAAACAUUUUUGUAUGAAAU